GUAAUGUGUUCUUUCCUGGCUUUCAUUAAAGAAACUCAAUGCAGUGCGGUCACGCUGCCGAGCUCGCCUGGCAACCUGCCUACACCCUGUGGUACCUCUUUCAUUGGAGGAGAUCGAGCUCGUGGUUUGGGGCUACAAAAGAAGAGGAAGAGCUUAUUGCAGAGGAAGAAGAAGAACUUACUCCAGAGGAAAAGAGGAAACUGGAAAGAAAAUUAAAAAAAGAGCGCAAGAAGAAGGAGAAACAGCUGAUGAGGGAAGCUGGAAUCCCCAUUAAAAAGGUGGAGCCCAAAAAGCCGUCGGGAUGUGAGCGGGCUCUGGCCUAUUUAACCAGCUGGUCUAAAAACCCAGAAGAAUGGAAGUUUCAGAAGACAAGACAGACGUGGCUUCUCCUGCACAUGUAUGAUAAAGAGAAGGUUCCAGACAAGUAUUUCACCAUUUUACUGGAUUAUCUGCAAGGGCUUCAGGGCAAUGCACGAGACAAAACUGUGCAGAAAGCUGAAGCUUUUAUGAAGGAAUUUGAUGGUUCUGAUGGAGAAGACCCAAACCUGCUGGGGAAGUGUGAGCGCAUCAGACAAGUUCUACAACUGCUGUCCUGAGAGCAUUUCUGUGUCAUAAUUGUUGUCUGGUGGAGGGAAGGAGAGGCUGUCACACACUGAGGCUAUAAAGGAUUUGUAAAGAUAAUACUGAAUUUUAUACUCAUAAUUUUUUCCAAUUGAAAAUAUUUAUCGUGUUUGAGGUGAUGAAAUAAAAAUAACCUAUAUAGUCUUGCUAUUAA